AUUCUUGAAGCAUUCAAGAAAAUUGUGUUCCAUUUUAUUACAUAUCUACAAUCAAGGCAUAUCCAGCAUUGCAUCAUCUGUUAUUUCUCCCCCACUCUUUUCUCAAUCGAUUGGACUUCACGCUACUACAAAUCAAGGCAUAAAUUAUAUAAAUUUGUUCCUUAAUCGCGCAUAAAUCGCGUGGAGUUCAUACUUUUUUCGGUUCAGUUACUUUGUUUGCAAUAAUCAUCAAAGAUUAAUGGCACAAAUGAAAACUGCAGCAGAGAUUGUUGACACACGGAAAACCCAAUUUCCCUGUUAAGCUCAAGCUUUGAUUUCAUCAUUUUCCUGAUCAAAUCGCUUCAAAUCUGAUCUGAAAAAACCCUAACCCUAGAAAUUUCCUUACAGAUUGGCGAAGAAGAAGAAGGGAGGGAGAGGAACAGAGUGAAAUUACAAGAAGAAGAAUGUGGGUUUCACAGUUUUCCGAUCUUUUUAGUCUGUGUUUUUGAAUCGCAGAUCUUCGACGGCGUCGAUGAUAAGCGGUUUUCUCAGGCCAAAGCAACGAAGAUCUACCGACAACACAUUUCUCGAAUUGACGGUUACCCCAUAUGCCCCACUCUGUUGAAUCCUCAUCAGAGCACUGCAAUUCCCAUCACUGGAAAGUAAAAGAACUAAAACCGGCACGACGGUCGCCGUCAUGGGAGCUGAGAAGAAAUGGCUCUUCACUCUCUUCUCCGCCGCUUUCCUCUCUCUUCUCCUCCUUUUAUUCUCUUCCAUUUCUGCAUUCAGUUCUCCGCGAUCCAUUCCCUCAAUAAUCCACCACGGAGCUCCGUAUCCUCCGGCGUUCGCCUACUACAUUUCCGGUGGCCGUGGUGACAAGGACCGAAUCUUCAGGCUGUUGCUCGCCGUCUACCACCCCAGAAACCGCUACCUUCUGCAUCUUGCGGCGGAUGCUUCCAACGACGAGCGGCUGCAGCUCGCUGUGACAGUGAAAUCGGUGCCGGCGAUUCGUGCCUUUGAAAAUGUUGAUGUGAUUGGAAAGCCCGAUCGAAUCUCUUACAUGGGAUCAUCUAAUGUUGCCACUAUUCUUCAUGCUGCAUCGAUUCUUCUCAGAAUUGAGAGUGGGUGGGACUGGUUUAUCACUUUGAGUGCCAGGGAUUACCCGCUGAUCAGUCAGGAUGAUUUGUCGCAUGUGUUUUCAUCUGUUAGAAGAGAUCUCAAUUUCAUAGAUCACUCAAGUGACCUUGGGUGGAAAGAAGGUCAGAGGGUCCGGCCAAUUGUGGUUGAUCCAGGGUUGUAUUUGGCUAGGAGAACUCAAAUAUUUCAUGCCACUGAGAAGCGGCCAACGCCUGAUGCUUUCAAAAUAUUUACAGGUUCCCCUUGGUUCAUCUUAAGUCGAUCUUUCCUUGAAUUCUGUGUUCUCGGGUGGGAUAACCUUCCUCGGACGCUUCUUAUGUAUUUUAACAACAACGUUUUAUCACAAGAAGGUUACUUUCACUCUGUCAUUUGCAAUUCAAAUGAGUUCAAGAACAAAACUGUUAAUAGUGAUCUAAGAUUUAUGAUUUGGGAUGAUCCUCCAAAGAUGGAACCCCUUUACCUCAAUGUAUCGAACUUCGAUGUUAUGGCUGAAAGUGGUGCUGCAUUUGCUCGAAAAUUUCAUAAAGAUGAGUCUGUGCUGGACAUGGUCGAUCAAAAAAUUUUGAAGCGGGGACACAACCGACUUCUUCCUGGGGCAUGGUGCUCGGGUCGGAAGAGCUGGUGGAUGGAUCCCUGCUCGCAAUGGAGUGAUGUCAAUAUCUUGAAGCCUGGAUCACAAGCUAAGAAGUUAGAAGAGUCCAUAAAGAAUCUUCUUGACGACUGGAACGCUCGAUCGAAUCAAUGCCAAUGAAAGGCAAUACAAUGGAAAGAUCAAAGUGAGUUGCAUUGUUUUACGAACGAAGCGUUAAGAGGUAAAUUGUUACAUCAGUUGGUUACAAAUUACAAGAUUUGAUUUUGUUUGGGGGGGUAGCCAUGUUCAUAACAGGUUAGAGAAGAUGAAAAGAUGAGGCAUAUUAUUGUUGAGGUUUUGGAUAUGAUGAAGUGUUGAAAUGGGGCUCUCAACAAUUUAUUCAAACAAUACGAACAUUUAUCCCUUCUUUCCUUUUC